AUGGAUCUCGGACUAGGUCUUCAAGGCGAUGUGGUCGUUGUCACGGGCGCAGGUGGACAGAUAGGCCAGGUCAUUGUCGAAGCCUUUCUAAGCGCUGGCUGUUUCGUCGGUGGCUUCGAAAUCGACAAGUCCAAGUUUGUCAAGGAGCAUCAUAAUCUCUUCUGGGUAGCGGUCGACACUACCGAUGAGGAUGGCAUGAUCAAUGCGUGGAAGAGCGUUGAAGAACGGUUUAAUGCGACUCCUACAGUUUGUGUCUGCGCAGCUGCUGUUGAUCUCAGCUUCAUCAAGCACCAUUCGUCUAUUACAAAGAUGCCGACAAGUCAAUUUCGCAGAAUUCUCGAUAUAAAUACAACAGGAACUUUCAUAACGGCAAAGCUAUGGCUUCAACACGUAGAGAUCAUGGCCAAGAAGAGUGAUACGAAACCGAAUGACGUAAAUGGCUCGCAUUCGACAUCAGCAAUACCAUCGAAGAGGAAAGAACGGAACAUUUCAUUGAUAAUAAUCGGUUCAGAAGCUGGAGACUUUGGAGUCGCCGGUAACCCAGAUUACGCAGCAAGCAAAGCGGCAGUUCAAUUCGGUCUCGUUUUAUCGCUAGCCCCAGACGCUGCCCGAGUCCACCCAUCAGCGAGGGUCAACUCCAUUUCACCUGGAGCUGUCGGCACCAAGAGGUUCAGUGCAGAGUGCGCAGAGGACAGCUCUGGUGCACUGAGGUGGAUCGAGUCUGAGGCGACGGUUGCUCAGAAGAAGGCGGUCGAUGUAGAGGGCAUCGCUAAGAUGUGUCUGAUACUGGCGAGUGAGAAGUGGUCUCCUUCAGUUACUGGACAGAAUGUGAGAUUAAAUGGUGGGAAAAGUGGGAAGCUCUUCUGGAACAGGGACGGCGAUGCUUUGUGGUGA